UCGUCUCCAAGUGCAACAGAGGCUUUUGCUGAAAUGAAUGGUCCCCACACGGCACGUUCGCCCCAAGUGGCAGUCUUUUUCGAAAUCCAACUCUCGCGCAGUUUGGUCUGAACCACCUCUAAAUUCACAAGUGUUGUGCCUCUCUUCUUCUUCUUCGUCCAAAGCUAGAAGAUUUUCUUUCAAACAUGCUUAAGGCGGUACCCCUUCCCAAUCCUUGUCCCACAUCCACACCAGCACCCACCAAAUCCAUCCCAUCGUAUGAAUCCUACCAGUGCAACAUAGGCGAAGACUUCCUGCGCAUCGCCCGAGAUCAACUGCGCGAAGAUGACAACAUUCGUACCCAGGCUUUGGCCCAAUUCCGGGAGUGGAUUGCAAAACAUCCGUACAUUAAAAAGUGCCGCACGGAUGCGGUAUUUUUGCUGCGUUUUCUGCGCACCAAAAAAUUCUCCGUUCCUGCCGCAUGUGAGAUGCUGGAAAAGUAUCUCACAAUUCGGCAGCUAUACCCUGCCUGGUUCCAGAAGCUAGACAUUGAGGAUCCCGCCAUUAACGAAAUCAUUUCGGCAGGAUACCUCGUACCCCUGCUUCAGCGAGACAGUCAGGGACGCAAAGUAAUUUUGAGCUGUGCUGGAAAGUUUGAUCCUCAUCGCUUUACUUCAGCCCAAAUGGCCAGAGUACAUUCCCUGGUCUGUGAAGCUCUCAUGGACGACGAGGAGAGCCAGAUAUCGGGCUAUAACCACAUCAAUGACGAAUCUGGAUUAGCCAUGGCUCAUGUGAGUCUCUGGUCACUCACGGACAUUCGGAACAUGAUGAGGUGCAUCCAAAAUUCCACCCCGAUGCGUCACAAAGAGACUCAUUUUAUCAACUUGCCCCACUAUGGGAACAAGUUGAUCGAGUUCAUGAUGACCAUCCUCAAUGAAAAGCUCAAGAAGCGUAUUGUUUUGCAUAGCUCUCUGGAUGACUUGAAGAGACAAAUUGAUCCAUCGAUCCUCCCGAAAGAAUACGGAGGAGUUGUUCCCCUCAGUGAAAUGAUUGAUAAACUUAAAAUUCACUUAAGACAGAAACGCCAUGAAAUUCUUGCUCUAGAUGAUCUCUACAUUGAAAUUUCAAAAACUGCAGCAAAUUUUGGGGGAAAUGACGAUGCUGACAUGGAUACUGGUGUUGUUGGAAGUUUCAGAAAAUUAGAAGUAGAUUAAGAAACCUCCCGAUAAACUCCUAUUAUCCUUUUCUUCCUAAUCCUAAAUCUUUCAAAAUGCAUAGAACAUCUAAAGAAAUUCUCCUUAGUGCGGUGUAUUAACAUAAGUUUUUUUUUUGUAAGUUCAAUUUUGUUGUAAUAGAUAACGGAAAUCUCGGUAAAAUCGAGUCCAAUUAGGUGGGAAUAAGUUACCAAAUCUGUGAUCCUAUAGUCAAAAUGGGAUGUUAAUCACUCAAUUAUUUUGCAGCACACGAAUUUUUGUAUUUCUUUAAGUAUCUUUCUUUAUAAUUCCUUCUUUUUUUUUAACAUCUUAGCUCUAUUUUUUUUUUAAUAAAAUAAUAGCUCACAAUUUAAA